AAGAGGAAACACUGCAGCAGGAUCACAACAUCAUACAGAAAAUCAUGGACUCUAACUUCAAAGGCAUCUUGUGGCUGACACUCGUUCUCUUCACUCUGCCUCGGCUCACCUGCCACAUUAACUGUCCUCCAAAAUGCACCUGUAAGGAUCAAGUUUUCUGUUCCGGCAAAACCAUCAAAGAGGUACCGAGGGAUCUUCCUCUCAACACAACCAAGCUGGAGCUUUUUAACACCAAGAUGAACGUACUGCAGGAGCACAGCUUUACAUUCCUGCCCCUGCUGUCACGUUUAAUUGUGUUCAGAAGCCAACUGCACAUCAUCCAUCCCAUGGCCUUCCGUUCUGUUUCAAAGAUCAGGUCCAUCAUGCUGAAGUCCAGUUACCUUUCCAACCUUCCUGCUACGGUUUUCAGUACGCUCACUGAACUGGAUCAGCUGAGUUUAGAAGAGAACCAGCUGGAAACCAUUUCUCCAGAAUUGUUCAAAGGACUUGUUGCGUUGCGGCAACUGAGCCUGAGCUGGAACAAACUGAAACGUCUCACUUCAAAUGUUUUUGAUGACUUGGGCAACCUCACACUUCUGAACCUCGGCAGGAACUCCAUAUAUGAGCUUCCAUCUACCAUAUUUCACAGUUUGACUAAACUUGAAGCGCUUUAUCUCUAUUACAACCAGUUCAAUGAGCUGCAACCUGGGAUCUUUGAUAGACUUGUCGCCCUUCAGGAUCUAAGAAUACAACAAACUCAGAUAAGCAGUCUUCCUCCUCGGGUGUUCUGGCAGCUAAGGAACCUAAAGGUCCUCUAUCUGUCCAACAAUCGACUUCAGACUGUCCCAAAAGAGAGUUUCUACCAUAUGCCAAUGCUGAGGUCUCUUAGCUUACAUAAAAACCCGUUGAUUUCUCUUCCUGAUCAGCUAAUGGGUCACAUGCCUGACAUGAGAGAAUUUAAUUUGUAUGGAACCAACCUCACCACUGUUCCUGGAAACCUUUUUGCUAAUAUGUCUGGACUGUUAAGUCUUAACUUUGGGGAGAAUGCUUGGCUGAAAGACUUGCCUUCAGACCUCUUCUGCUGCCUCCCCAACCUUCAAAAUCUCACACUGCAAUCCAACAACCUCCAUCAUCUUCACGCUCAGCUGUUCUCAAGACUAACCUCACUACAAGUACUUCGUCUUCAUCAAAAUAAGCUGCAGAACCUACCGUCGGACAUUUUUCAAGGCCUUGGAAAACUUUCAAUCAUUGAUUUGAAAGAAAACCAGCUCAAGACUCUCUCAGGUGAUAUUUUCUUAUCAAAUGUAGCUCUGAGAGAGGUCCAUCUGAGUAACAACACCUGGAACUGUAACUGUAGCAUCAGAGGUUUUGCUAAAUGGAUAAGCGAGAAUGAGCAUGUGGUUCCUGACAGAGAGGAUACUCAAUGUCUUAGUCCGAUGCACAAUGUCAAUCGUACCCUUAACUCUCUUCAGGACAAGGAGUUCGACUUUUGUGACGCUACAACAGUCAGUUAUUUCACAACAUCGCUGCAAACUCAAACCACCACCUUGCCUGAUAUAGAGGAGUUUUACUCCACCACAAAGACUUUGGUGACUGAUGGCAGGUCCUCUCAUUUCUAUGACAAGUUGGUGGUUGAGAACGGUCCAGAUUUUGUCCACCACAACAUUCACAGCGGCUGGGUGUACGUGUGGUCGCUGCCCACUGAUACGUCCCAGACAGGGCUCCUCAUGUUUAGUCACCUCUUCCUUGUGGCCAUAGGCGUGUUUCUUAUUCUUGCUACCAUGUAUGUCAUGUAUCGCCUUGACAGGAUUAUGGACGAGUUAAUGAGGAUUUGUAAAGCUGAGGAGGAAGGGAGGACGUACAUAAAAGAUAACCACACCAACUCUCUGUCAGCAUUCAUUCACCACAGGAGAGAAAUAAUGGACCUGCCCUGGACUCUUCAUGUGCUCGGACUUCUCUGUUCCCUCACCUCUGUUGUCUGGUCAUGUCCAGAUAGAUGUGUGUGUCAAGGGACAAAAGUCUUUUGCAGUGGCCUCUCAGACUUCCCCAAAACGGUGUCCUCAACAAGUGCUGGCCUGUACUUGUCCAACUGCAGCAUCUCCUUUCUGAAACCAGAGGACCUGACUGAUCUCUCUAACACUCUCAGCAUCUUUGUAGUUAUAGACACUGGUCUGAGGGAAGUGCACCCUGGAACAUUUGAUUCCACUCAAAACAUAAAAGCUUUAGGGUUUACCGGCACAGAACUACAAGAUCUCCCUGAGGCCUUGUUCAAAAAUCUGCAGAAGCUUGAGUCUAUGAAUCUGAAGAGUAACAAACUACUGGUCCUCCACCCUAAUUGGUUUUCAACAUUGACAGCUCUUAAAAACCUGGACCUUAGUAAGAACCAGUUCACUUCUGUACCUGUGGAAACGUUUCAGCCUCUCACUGAGCUGCAAAACCUUUUACUGUCUGGAAACAGUAUUAGCCAACUAUCUAGAGAGACAUUUAAGGGUCUCUCUAAACUGCAAAUAUUACGCCUUAAUAAAAAUGUAUUAAAGGAGUUCCCCUUAGGCAGUUUGGAUGACCUUGGCAACCUACAGGAGCUAUCACUACACGACAAUCAAAUCACUCAUCUCCACCCUGAUCUAUUCUCUAAGACUUUGAGACUGCAGAAGCUCUUCCUCUCCAAGAACAGGCUCACAUCUCUUCCACAAGGGGUUUUCCUAAACCUGCCGCUGCUUUCCCAGAUCUCCCUUUAUGAUAAUCAGUUAGAGAGUCUGACACCAGGGGUAUUUGGGCCAAUGGCUCUGCGGGAGUUGUGGCUGUAUGACAAUAAGCUGAGUCGUGUGGAAGAUGACACAUUCAGGAACCUGACCCAGUUGCGGCUCUUGGUGCUUAGUCGUAAUCACAUUAACCAUGUAUCCACCUGGGCCUUCAGAGGGUUGGAACAGCUGGGGGAAGUUUCGCUUCACACCAAUCUGCUCAAAAAACUUCAAGCUGGGACUUUCCAAGGUUUGCCCAGUCUGGUGAACAUUUCCUUAGAGCACAACUUCAUUAGCUCCCUCCCUUCAGGUUUCCUUCAGGGCCUGAGCGACCUGGGACAAAUCGACUUGAAAAAUAACUCUCUUCCCAACCUACCACAGGAGACUCUAGAUGCCCUAAAUGUGGCCCAGGAAGUACUCCUGCAGCAGAACCCCUGGAAGUGUGACAAAGAUAUUCUUCCACUCAGAAACUGGCUGAGACAGAAUCCAUCAAAAACCAACCAAACUCUGGUUGUAUGUGAAACACCUUUCAGUCUGAAUGGUGAGGUAAUCGCUCUGCUGGCAGACGAGAACUUGAUGCCUCUCAGCACUACUGAGGAGCCUGCAUGGACGUCGACAGAGAAAAGGAGGAAACCCCACACCCAUCCAACCAGACGAAGUACCUCCUCACCUUCAGUCAAGACCACCCCCACCUCAGAUCACAAGGAAGUCACCAGCGGCGGACAAGGACAGGGGGAAAAUGGAACAGUGUCAAAUGACACUUCAAUCAUUCUCAUUAUCAUCGCAGUCGUGUCCACUGUCAUCAUCAGUACCGUCAUCAUUUGCUGUUUGUGCUGGAGACGGAAUAAGAAAGGCAGGGGAGAUUUAAGCCGCAGAAAUAAGAACUCUGUGCUGUAGGAUCGACCACACAACAUCAGCAACCCAAUAACUGAUUACUGUGGUUUACUUUGGAAAUGUUGACUGUAGAGUAGAUUUUUAGGACCUUGAAGGCAGCGGUUAUUACAUCUCCAGCUCCAUAUACCUGCUGAACAAAAACAUCAUUAGCUUUAGGUUUGAGUUGGUUUUAACAUUCACCAGCAAGUAUUGCUUUUAAUGUUUACUGUAAAAAGAGAACGGAUAUUGAAUGUACUAGCUGUAAAACUACCCACUCUUGGCAACACAAUCAUGUUGGUGAAUGUAACCUCUCACGCCUAAAACAGAGCUGUCUUUGUAGGGAAAUUAAGCCUGUAUUCAGUAUUUUCUUGGCUCUAUUUUUGUUUUUCUGUGAUAAUAACUGUUUGACAAUGGCUUUCUUAUGCUUACAAUAAUACAUUUAGGAGACGGUUUAACUUGUUUUACAAAAUUGCUCUUCUAUGCAAAAUCUAACGUUUCAUUUUGACUCUACUGGAACAAAAAUAUUGUUUGGGUUUGUAUAAUUUAAUGCCACUGUACAUGGAAUAAAUGCACUAUUAAGUGGGAGAAAA